AUGUCUAUUUUGAUUGGGUAGAUAAUCUUGACGUUACUGACAGAAAUCACUAUUCAGAUGCAGAUGACGACGAUGAUUUAAGCAUCCAGCAAAAAUCAAAGUCGGUAAAUUCAAAAGGUAAAAAUCGUGCAUCUAGUUCAUACACAUACGAUGAAUAUCCACGAGUUGUUUAUGAUGAUGAAAUCGGUGAAGGAUCUAAUAGUCAGGAAGUAGAGGUGGUAGAGGUAUCAGACGUCGUGGCUUCGCUUCAAAAUGAAUUACGAGCAGCUUUGCAAAAGAAUCUCGCUGACGAAAAUCCGGUAGGGCCGACUGAUAACGAACAGUUGACUUUUUAUGCGUUAAUUGGCUACAAAGCGGCUCUCAAAGACUCUGCUUUCUAUAUAUCUGCGCCACCACCACCUACUGAGAAUGAAUUUGAAAGAUAUGCGGACAUGGAUCAGUUUCUUCAAGAAGAGGAUGAACUAGCAGAUACAACUGAUUUUGUAGAAAAUUACUUUGAUAAUGGUGAAGGGGAUGACCUAGAUGAUGAUGAAG